CUGAAAUACUUUUUCACGACAAUAACAAUGUCACACCAUUGUGUUCUCUUCCACCAUUGAGAGACUGUUAUAGCUAAAAAUAUGUUUUCGAUCGCAACUUCUUCUUCUUCUUCUUCCCCACUCAUCAAUUCAAGCUUCAAUUCUCAAAAUUCGCCGAAACCGCUUAUCCCCAUCAUGUCCGCGUCCUCUGGGUUCAAAACCCUAACUGAGAAUUUCACAGUAAAGGUUCAAAGAGCAGAGAACCGCGAACUCAACGUCCCCCUGCUCUCCCCCUUCACCAUCGCUUCGUCACGCCUCGACUCCGUCGGAAACGUCGCGAUCCGAAUCGAGCUCACCGGCGGUUGCGUCGGCUGGGGAGAAGCUCCGAUUCUACCGUCCGUGACGGCGGAGGAUCAGAUAACAGCCAUGGAAAAAGCGCGGGAAGCUUGCAAGGUUCUCAAAGAGUUACCGGAGAUGAAAUUAGGUCACGUUCUUGAGGAGAUCGGUGGGAUUCUACCUGGGCAUCGAUUUGCAUCUGUGAGAGCUGGGGUUGAGAUGGCUAUGAUUGAUGCUGCUGCUAAGAGCGUUGGAGUUCCCUUGUGGAAACUAUUUGGUGGGGCUUCGAAUACAAUCACCACCGAUAUUACAAUUCCGAUAGUUUCUCCAGCUGAAGCUUCAAAGUUGGCUGCAAAGUACAGAGAAGAAGGGUUUAAAACCUUGAAGCUCAAGGUUGGGAAGAAUCUUAAGGCUGAUGUUGAAGUUCUCCAGGCUAUACGUGAAGUCCAUCCUACGUGUUCCUUCAUUUUAGACGCAAAUGAGGGUUAUAAAACAGAGGAAGCUGUUGAAGUUCUCGAAAAGCUUCAUCAAAUGAAGGUUACGCCGGUUCUCUUUGAACAGCCUGUCCAUAGAGACAAUUGGGAAGGUCUCAGACAUGUGACUCGAGUUGCAAAGGAGAGAUUUGGAGUCUCUGUUGCAGCAGACGAGAGUUGUAGAGACUUGACUGAUCUCAAGAGAAUCAUAAAAGAUGAUACGGUAGAUGUUGUUAACAUCAAACUCGCUAAAAGUGGUAUCCUCGAGGCCCUUGAGGUGAUUGAAUUGGCUAGAGCAUCUGGAAUUGAGCUUAUGAUUGGGGGAAUGGUGGAGACUAGACUAGCAAUGGGGUUCUCUGGUCACCUUGCUGCUGGCACUGGUUGUUUCAGAUUCAUCGACUUGGACACUCCACUUCUUCUAGCUAGUGAUCCUGUACAAGGUGGCUACAAAGCUUCGGGUGCUGUCUAUGAGUUUACAGAUGAAGGCGGUCACGGAGGAUAUCUUCAGUGAAUGAACUUGCUUUGUGAAUCUACUUAGGUCCUUUUUAUGUUAGUUCAUAGUAAGCAAGUCUCAAGUGUUAUGUUGGCUUUUGUGCUUAAGAAAAGCAUUACACCUUGUCAUUUCCAGUUUUCCUUAAAUAAGUGAAUGUAACUUACAAGUGUUGUAACAUGUGGUCCAAAUAAAUGACAUUCAUCGCAUUGAACUGAUUGGUUUGUUUCUGAAACACACACAACAAGCAGUCAAAUUCACAAGCGAAUAGGUUAUUGGGCCAUUACAGUUU